AUGAUUGGUAUUUUCAUGAACUCUAAUGAUGCGAGUAUGAUAAAUAGCUUGAGAAAGUCAAGUUAAAGCAGAGAUGUUAUUGUUAGAUCAACUUCUAAGAAAAGACACAGAUAAAACUAUACUAACUAGCUAUCCUAAACCAACUAUUAAACAAUUUUGAGCAAUCAGACUAACUAGCAAUAAGAAUUUCAAUAAAAUGAUAUUAAUAAUACUCGUCAGCUUUUGAGUUAAAAUGAAAAUAAAUGGCUUUUCAACACAUAGCUUGAAUUAAAUAGCACCUAAAAUUUGUAAUAAAAUUAUCAAAAUCAACAGCAGGUUAGGGAAAUUAGUACAGCAAAUAUUUAUUAAUCAAGAGACUUUAGUUAAGGGCAACUUGAUCAAUUCAGUACAUAAAAUACAAAAAGUGAUAUACGUAUUAGGAAUGUAAGACCAUAAUCUACUAGGAAUAAGCCAUAACUAAAGAAAUCAAAGUCAAGGUCGAAUUCUAAUUCAAGACUUUUGCUAUAUGAAAAGCAGUUGCAAUAACAAAUUGUAAAUAAUAGCUCAGCAUUGAAUAACUACAAGUCAUUACUCAAUAUAAAAAAUAAAAGUAAGCAAGAAAGGUAGUCAACCACAACAGCUAUGAAAUUUAGAAAUCUGAAAUAGAACUACUUGCCAGCAGGUUCUUUUGUAGAGAAUGACCCAAUAACUAAGGAAAUCUAAAAGCUGAUUGCUUAUGGCUCUAAAGACAUUAAGAGUCAGUCUAAAAAGUUGAAAAAGAAUUUGGAAAAGAUUCAAGAAGAUAGAAGGAUAAAGUCUCCAAGUGCCAAUACUCAUGGUAGUUUUAUGAUAGAAACAAGUUAAGACCUGCACAGGAAAAACCAGUUUUACGAUUAAGAGACGAUUCAUUAUUCUAAAAAGAUAGAUAAGCUUAAACAGAAAACAGCUCAGGCCUAAUCAGAUAAGUUAGAGUUGAUGAGAGAUAUAGCCACUUACGAGUCUAAUCUUUGCGAGGAUUUAAACCUGAGAUCUAUGUUUAAAAUGAUGAGAGACAAGGUCAUGAAAUGCAAGGAGAAAUCAACUUAACUUAAUAAAUCUCACAACAAAUUUUAGGAAUUUCUUAUUGCUACUAAAAAUAAACUAGCAAUAAUAGACGAAACCAAGCGAACUAUCAGUUUGCUGAUAGAAGAGCCAGAUGAUUAAAUUGGGCUAUUUAAUAUGAAUAACCCACAUCACGAACAUCAGAAUCUGCAACUAUCUAAUCUAUAGCUCAAACUAGCAUUUCAUAGAUCAAGUUUGAUAACUAAUACGAUGAACAACCUUGGAGACAAUUCAAGAAAAGGAGGUGUGCAAUUUAAAAAUAAGAGAGAUUCAUUUAACAUUCGUUGCAAUGCUAAUGGCCAAAUGGGCAUCAAGCAAUAAGGGAAAGAUUGUAAGCUUAAAGUAAUAAUAUCUAAAAAGCUAGACAACCAGAGUUACCACGACAUUCUGAAAAAUCUGGUGAUAUGUUUUAACAGCAGCCAAAACAAAAUAAUGCUUGCACUAAAUGAGACAUCUAUUAUGACUAGAGAUUGGAAGCUAUAUAAACUUAAAGGAAAGAAUAAAUACAUUAAUGCGAGAUUAGCAAUAGAGGAGACAACUCUACAAAAAGUUUUGGUGUUUUUCAAGAUCGUAAAUAUGGCUGAGAACUAAACUCUGAUCCAUGAUUCAAACCUAUAUAUAGUGCACUAAGAAUAUUUAGAUGACGACAAGGAGUUCAACUUCAACGACUUCUUAAUAAAGGAGCUGAGCGGUAACAGUUUUAAAGUGGUUUAUAUCAAAGACAUAAACGACGACAUGGACGACCCUUAAAACCUCAAACUCUACAAUAGUGGGAACAUAGAUGAGAUAAUAAAUUAAUCACUUAUGGUAGAUGAGUUCAAACCCUAAGAUAUUUUAAUGCAGCCAAGUUUGGCUGAAUCUAUUCCUAGCUACCUGCAGUUGAUUAAUGAAGAAAAAAUAGAAAAGAUACCAGAGUAGUCAAGGAACACUGAUAAAUUAAACGACAAGAGGUUUAGUGAGGAUCUUCUAGAUGUAAGUGGUUCAUACGGUGAACAAAUGAGCGAUAACAAAAGUUAGGGAUAGUUAUCCGACAAUAACCUUAUCAUAAUAGACAAAAGAAGUAGCUAUGGCCCUCUGAGAAUAAGAAAAUCAUCUCAAUAAUGA